UUGUUGUUGUUGUUGUUAGGUGUUCCUUAUUUAUUUUUCUCCGAUUUAACAAUGUCUUCUUCCAAAAAGAUUUUGGCCGGCGCGUCUUCUUCGAAAAUGAAUUUGGCGGGUACCUCCGCCGCCGGCGGGUCUUCAUCCGAGAUUGUGGAAGCGGUGGCGAGUCUAACAAUGUCUUCCGGAAACAAGAUUGUGCUGACGAGCUCCGACGGCGAGUCGUUCGAGAUCGACGAAGCGGUGGCGCGUCAGUUUCAGAUCGUAGCGCACAUGAUCGAAGAUGACUGCGCCGGUAAAGCGAUUCCGAUAGAGAACAUCACGGGAGAGAUCCUGGCCUUGGUAAUCGAGUACGGGAAGAUGCAUGUCGGAGAAGCCGGUAAGACUGAGGAAGAUGAAGACGAGGAGGCGAAGAAGAAGCUCGAUGAGUGGGACGCUGAGUUCGUGGAGAAGCUAGAUCUGCAGACGAUAUUCAAAAUCAUCCUCGCUGCUAACUACCUCAACUUCGAAGGGCUUCUCGGAUUCGCUAGCCAGACGGUUGCGGACUACAUCAAGGACAAGUCACCAGAGGAAGUCCGAGAGAUCUUCAACAUCGAGAACGAUUUCACUCCUGAGGAAGAAGAAGAGAUUCGUAGGGAGAACGCUUGGACUUUUAAUUAGUCAUCCUACUACCUUUUCCUCGAUCCUUCGUUUCGAAACUUUAGGGUUUUUUUAUGUUUAGCCCCUUUUAGAAUUCGUGAAUGGUGGUUGGUCUUUUAGUUUUCUCGAUUGACUUGGUCUCAAGUUAUGUUCUUUGUGUAGUACUAAGAUAUUGACCAAAUGUUCUUGCUCUGUUAGCGUUCUGAUUCGAUUCUCGAUCAUGUGAAAAGCCCUAAUUUGAAAAAAACCAGUGUUCUUCUUCUUUA